AAGAUGGAGCAAGUAUAACACGUUCAACUGCUCUCUCUUCGUCCUUGUCUUGGGCUGUUACUUGGUUCGUCUUCCCUCUCUACCUACCGACGCGCUGCGAAGCCAUGGCUCUGCAACUAUGGGAGACUCUGAGAGAAGCCAUAGUGGCUUACACUGGCCUCUCUCCGGCUACCUUCUUCACCGCGCUCGCUCUGCUCUUCGCCGCUUACUACGCCGUUUCGGGUCUGUUCGGGGCGUCGGAUCCUCCUCCAGGGCCGAGGAAUUUGGAGGAGCUGGUGCAGCCUCUGCCUCCGCCGGUUCAGGUCGGUGAAAUUACCGAGGAGGAACUCAGGGCGUACGAUGGCGCCGAUCCCAAGAAGCCUCUGCUCAUGGCUAUCAAGGGUCAGAUCUAUGAUGUGUCUCAGAGCAGGAUGUUUUAUGGACCAGGAGGACCUUACGCUCUGUUUGCUGGCAAAGAUGCUAGCAGGGCUUUAGCAAAGAUGUCUUUUGAAGAAAAAGAUCUGACUGGGGAUAUCUCUGGUCUUGGCGCAUUUGAGCUUGAAGCCUUGCAGGACUGGGAAUACAAGUUUAUGAGCAAGUACGUGAAGGUUGGAACUGUCAAAAGGUCUGUUCCUGCAACUGAAGCUGAAACAAAUGGUGAAUCGUCAGAAUCCACUCCUGGUGAUGGUGCCGAGGUGGCUGCCAAGCCUACCGGAGAUGGACCAUCGGAAAUUUCUACUGUAAAGAGCGAUGAAGCCCCUUCAAACAUCAAUGCAGGUAAAGAAGAAUAAAACAGUUGGAUUAAGUCGAGUUGCCAUUGCUACAGCCAUCUUGCUUGUCGUGUAAUCAAACUCUAGAGGAGCUGCUGAGAAGAAGACUCAAGAUUACCCUCUUGGCGAAUGUGUGUAUUUGAAAUCUUCAUACUGAUUUUCAUUUAGUAUAGGCCACUUGUUGUAAUGGGACGAAUGUUUGUUAGAUAAAUUAAAUAAUGAGUCUUGAGUGGUAAACCUCAGUUACGAGUUUCAGUCCUUUUUCUUUUGGGUUGUGUACCAUAGACAUGCGAAUGCUAUUUUAAAUGAAUAGAAUGAAAAAAAAAAUAGAAAUAUUUUUGCC